CCUAGAAGAUGUCUGGUCGCGGUAAAGGAGGGAAAGGGCUCGGGAAAGGCGGCGCCAAGCGGCACAGGAAGGUGCUCCGUGAUAACAUCCAGGGCAUCACCAAGCCUGCCAUCCGCCGUCUAGCUCGCAGGGGAGGCGUCAAGCGCAUCUCCGGCCUCAUCUAUGAGGAGACCCGCGGGGUGCUGAAAGUCUUCCUGGAGAACGUCAUCCGGGACGCCGUCACCUACACCGAGCACGCCAAGAGGAAGACCGUCACCGCCAUGGACGUGGUCUACGCGCUCAAGCGCCAGGGACGCACUCUCUACGGCUUCGGGGGUUAAUGCUGCCUCCGUCCUCACAGCACAAAGGCUCUUCUCAGAGCCGCCCACAUCUUCCCGGGGAGAAGCUACAAUUCCUUCUGCGCUCAGCCACUGAGGGGUUAACACCGCCCGCACAUCAGGGGACGGAGUGCCGGACAAUUGUCCGAGAUCAGCGGCGCCCUGUGCUCAGUACAGCCGGAGGUCCACAAUACAGAAAGCCCCAGUAAUGUAAAUCCCGAGCCCCGGGUGUUCUCCACCGCUCCUGCCCCCGCAGCCACAAGACGAGCUGUGCUCGGAGACU